AGAAAAAAAAAGAACUGGACCGUGAGUUCCGAGAAGAGAUGCCAAUAAAACUCGUGGACAUUCAUUUCGUGGCGGACCACGGAAGCAUCAGCAUCUCGUUCUCCGUUUCACACCACUUAAACUAAUAUCAUUCAAACAACGUUUGAGAACCAAUGGAUAGAAAACCUAUUACUUUCGUCACGAUCGAGGGCGACGCGGGAGAAAGAUUGGAUAGAAUGUUUGGUGUAAAAUCCAGUUUCCUCAGAGUGGAACCAGGCAACUGUUUACUACCGCCGCACUUUGUUUUUUACGGGACCAAGAUACGGGACAUGGAUGUUUACGAUGACGACGUAUGGAUGGUAUCCUACCCAAGGACUGGCAGUCAUUGGGCCCAGGAAAUGGUAUGGUGCAUCGGGAAUAAUUUCGAUUACGAACGCGCUCAAACUUUGUUGGUCAUACGUAAUCCAUUGCUCGAGGCUUCCGCAUUGAUGGUCUCAGGAGACUACGUGGAAUGGUUUGCAAAAUUGGGGGACUCGGUUGAGAACGUUAAAAAGAUGCCACGAACUAGAUACCUAAAGUCUCACCUGCCGUUGGACUUACUGCCACAGCAAAUUCAUGAAAAGAAACCGAAGAUCAUCUAUGUUGCUAGAAAUCCAAAGGACACUUGCGUCAGCUUUUACCAUUAUUGCAGGAAGUUCCACAAUAUGAAAGGAAGUUUCGAAGAAUUUGCUGAGCUUUUCCUCGACGACAGUACACCAAUGGGUCCGUUCUGGAGUCACGUGCUGAAGUUCUGGGAGAUGAGGAACCAGGAUAACGUGUUGUUUUUGACGUACGAAGAAAUGAAGAAGAAUCAAGUAGAAGCCAUCAAGAAGACAGCGAAAUUUUUGGGAAAGAACGUGACGGAAGAAGAAAUAACGGGGCUUAGCGAACAUUUAAAGUUUUCGAAAAUGGCGGCGAAUCCUGCUAUAAAUUUGGAGUCUAUAUUACCGCAGAAAGGUGUUUCGGACGAUGACAAAUUUCUAAGAAAGGGAAAAGUUGGCGAUUGGAGAAACUACAUGUCCGAGGAAUUGUCCCAGAGGUUCGAUGAAUGGACUGAAAAGCAUUUACGCGGAAGUGGCCUCGACUUCGAUAAGGAAGUGGUCACGUAUGAAGAAGAAUAAGAAUAGUUUAUUAAAGUUUCUAGAAUCAAAGGGUGCCUCUUUGCAAGAUCUAUGUAAAAUAAUUGUAUCUCUUAUAAAUGUGUAUAUAUAUAUAUGUUUUCAUAUAAAUGUGCUAGUGUUUAUACUCACACACAUUUGUAUUUGUCUUCAUUGAAGAAAUACACCAGAAAAAUGAAGGUGCGCGCGCGUGUGUGUACAUACGUCACCUAUAUGUAUAUACUUAAACAAUUAUAAGACUCAUUGUCAUUACCAUUUA